GUCAAACAAAGGUCAAUAAAGUUAAUUCAACCUUUGCAACAAGUGCAAACACCGGUACGUUUAGAAAGGUUCAUUCCACAUUUAUUUAUUCUAAAAUAUUUUUUUAAUAAAUAUAUCACGAUGACGAACCGUAAAUUUUGCGUUGGAGGUAACUGGAAAAUGAACGGCGAUAAAAAAUCUAUCAACGAUAUUUGUGCAUUUUUGAAAGCCGGUCCACUCGACCCAAAUGUAGAGGUUGUAGUAGGUUGCCCAGCUUUAUAUCUUGAUUUUGUUCGAGCAAAUUUACCUAAAAGCAUUGGUGUUGCUGCCCAGAAUUGUUACAAAGUUCAAAAAGGAGCAUAUACUGGUGAAAUUUCACCAGCAAUGCUAAAAGAUGUGAACGUUGACUGGGUUAUCCUUGGCCAUUCAGAACGAAGAGCAAUUUUUGGAGAAUCUGAUUCCUUAGUUGCUGAAAAAGUAGCUCAUGCUCUUGCUGAAGGAUUGAAAGUGAUUGCUUGUAUUGGAGAAACUUUACAAGAGAGAGAGAGUGGUCAAACCGAAGCAGUUGUGUUCCGGCAAACCAAGGCUAUUGCUGGUGCAAUCAAUGACUGGUCUAAUGUUGUUUUGGCUUAUGAACCUGUUUGGGCAAUUGGUACUGGAAAAACUGCUUCACCAGAACAGGCGCAAGCUGUUCACAAAGCUCUUCGUGCCUGGCUAAAAGAAAACGUAUCAGAACAUGUUGCAAAUUCUGUGAGAAUCCAAUACGGUGGCUCCGUUACUGCAGCUAACUGCAGAGAAUUAGCACAGCAGCCUGACAUAGACGGUUUUCUUGUCGGCGGUGCUUCCCUCAAACCAGAUUUUGUAAAAAUUGUUAACGCCACACAAUAAAAUAUA